UCACACACGCAAUGCAAAGUGGAUAGAGAACUUUGUACGGAACGAGGCACUUUGCAUUGUUACGUCAUGUCUUUUGUUCGUCGCGGCGUCCCCAAUUAAAAACUGACCAAUGACGCGCCUUGUAUUGUCCUCGUGAUCUCCGGGAAACUGAAGGGUAUAAAUAAGCGGGAAAGGCUGAGAAAUUCAUCAUUCGUUCUCGCAGCAGUGUAGUCAGACAAUCACAGUAUCAUCCCGAUCAACAAGCAACAUGGCUCGUACCAAGCAGACUGCCCGUAAAUCUACCGGAGGAAAGGCUCCACGUAAGCAGCUUGCCACCAAAGCAGCUCGCAAGUCAGCUCCAUCGACUGGUGGAGUCAAGAAGCCCCAUCGUUACAGGCCUGGAACCGUCGCUCUCCGUGAGAUCCGUCGUUACCAGAAGAGCACUGAGCUUCUCAUCCGCAAGCUCCCCUUUCAGCGUCUGGUCCGUGAGAUUGCCCAGGACUUCAAGACCGAGCUUCGCUUUCAAAGCGCAGCCAUUGGAGCCCUUCAGGAGGCCAGCGAAGCUUACUUGGUCGGUCUCUUCGAGGACACCAACCUGUGCGCCAUCCACGCCAAGCGUGUUACCAUCAUGCCCAAGGAUAUCCAGCUUGCCCGCCGCAUCCGUGGAGAGAGGGCUUAGGCGUUGAUUUCAGCGCUUUCCCUGAAACAAACGGCUCUUUUAAGAGCCACCCAAAUCUCCAAGAAAGAUACAAGUUUUAUUACUCUAUUUUUUCCCCACUUUCCACUUUUCCUUGAUUUUUCUGGGUGUGAAAACGACCUACAACGAACAACAAUAACUUGAUUUUCACUAUUCACAAUCUUCCCAACAUUUCAAUGAUAAUGUUCAUUCUAUAAUAAUUAAUAUAUUACUUAUAAUAAUAUAUUAGUAGGCCUGCAUUUAUUUAAUCUUUUCUUUUCAACUGCAGGAAAUAUCUACAUUAAUUACAUUUCCUUUUCGGACAUAUUUUUGGUAAAAACUUAUUGCCCUUUCUACCUAUUUUGAAAUGCUUUUGGGUGCAUAUGAAGCCCAGUAAUUAAUUAAUUUUUAAUUAUGAUUCAGUUAAGAUCGACCAGUGCAUGCGUGUAUA